AUGACACCAUCAAAUAAUAUUCUCUAUGACAUUUAUGGUGGGACGAUUUCAUCCAAGAUUGAAGAUGUUAGAUAUUAUAAACCAUUGAUCGCAUUUAAUAUAACUGAUGCACCGAUGAUCGACAAUAUUACUAGUAUUAUACCUGGACAAGCAUCACAGGUUACGAUCAACGGUAAUCAUUUUGGAAAAGAUAGUUCAUAUGUUUUGAUAAGCAUUCAAGGAAGUCAAUGUAAAUCACCAAUGUUUAUUGAAAACAACUAUCAACAAAUUAGUUGUUCGUUGGGUAGUGUUGAACCUUAUUCAACCGAUCUAAAUUAUACUGUUAAAAUUGGAAGUUGGUGGAAUGCUUACAACCAAAGUUGUGAUGUUCCAUACACAAUCGAAUUCGGUAAGCUAAAAGUCAGAAGUGAAGUAUCACGUGGUGAUCAGAUUAUAUGGACCAGAGUUCAAGUUGGAAGGACAGUUUUGAACUGUAAAAUAGCAAGUAGAAUGGUUAUAGACGACUCGACAAUCAUUCCAUCCAAAGUAACACUUCUCACAAACGAUGAUCCAGUCUCUCAACAAAUCUGGAAAAGUGGAGGAUUCAAUAUUUUAACCACAUUCCACAUACCUAGAUUCUCUCAAUCGGUUGAACUCGACCCCGUCUUCAAUGCACUCAUUCUUGGAGACAACUCCCACUUGCCAUAUGAGUGUACUGAAGAGACUACUGAUCAAUGGACAUUUAUCAUAGUCGCUGUUGUCUUAUCGGCUGCACUACUCUCGAUUAUAAUAGUAGUGUUAGUCAUUGUAUUCAUAAAGCGACCACCAACAAACAGACCACCAAAUAGAGAACCCCCAAUAGAAAUGGAUAUAAUUACAAGUACUGAAGAUAUCAACACCCACCAACAACAACAAAAUAAUAAUGAAUAUUAA